UCCCGUUAGCCCCCGUGUUUAGAAAGACGGUGGAAAAUGAGGUAGCCAUAUUGUAGUGGAGGACCAAAAAUAUAGCAAGUCAGAGAAGCACAAAACAGAGCUAGCCAAAGUUAAAUUAUUCAAAGAAACGUUCAGUUGGGAGGGAGAUCGUUGGCAAUUUAGCCAUCUAAGACCGGGAAGACACCAUGAGUGGAGGAACCCCUUAUAUCGGGAGCAAAAUCAGCCUAAUCUCGAAGGCCGAAAUUCGUUACGAAGGGAUCCUCUACACUAUUGAUACUGAGAAUUCGACUGUCGCACUUGCAAAAGUUCGCUCUUUUGGCACAGAGGAUCGGCCCACCGAUAGGCCCAUCCCGCCCCGAGAUGAGAUCUUUGAGUACAUCAUCUUUCGAGGUAGUGACAUUAAGGACCUGACUGUAUGUGAGCCGCCCAAGCCAACAUGCUCUCUCCCUCAGGACCCGGCCAUCGUCCAGUCGUCCAUGGGCUCGGCCCCUCUGCCUGCUCCUGCUGCCGCAUCGGCAUCGUUUCAGUCGGUGGGCUCCUACGGCCUAUUCAACCGAGCCCCGGUGCCCCCGUACAACCAGUUCAGCACCAGCCCCUUGGUGUCCCCGCAGUUUGGCGCCGUUGGUGUCGGUAAGAGCCACAGCAGCACGAGGCCUGGAUAUGGAAGAUCAGUCCCCUCCUUUGGGAGUGACACAAGCUCAGCUGCACCCCAGUCUCAGAGCAGUGCUAUUGGCGCUGCUCUCCCCACUGAUUCACGCUCUCUGGGUACCACUACUACCCUUGUAUCUAAAGUCCGCACUAGCCCCUCUCUGGACCCUCUGAGGAAGAGCCCCACCCUAGAGCAGGUUGUCCAGGCCACCCCAUCGGGCCCCCCAGCCCCUGGCUUGGGCCGCAGGAGUCCCGCUCCCGGCCGCACGGCCCCCUCGGCUGCAGCUGCCGGCCCCGUCCACCAGAAGGCCCAGCAGCACCACCACCAUAUCCAGGACGGAGGUGAACCCAGGAGGACCGGUGAGACUGUCAGUGGAGCCCGCAGUAACCAGGCCUGGCCUGCGCUCCGCAAUGCACCGAUCUCUCAUCAACACCACACCACUGCUGUAGAUAGGGCUUCCACUGCAGGGCUUAUGCACUCUGUCUUUAGCGCCUCAGCUGGCUGCCCCCAACCUCAGAGGCGUGGUCGUGGUGGCGGACACCGCGGCAGGGGCCACUUCAACGUGCGCCGAGACGGGCCAAUGAAGUUCGAGAAGGACUUUGACUUUGAGAGUGCCAAUGCCCAGUUCAACAAGGAGGAGAUUGACAGAGAGUUCCACAGCAAGCUCAAACUGAAAGAUGAGAAGCCGGAGAAGGCAGCGGUGAACGGGGAGGAUAAGGGCGAUUCCGGGGUGGAGACCCUGAACAGCGAGGGCAACGCUGAUGAAGGGGGAGAGGCCCUAACGCCUAACGUAUACUAUGACAAGUCAAAGUCUUUCUUCGACAACAUCUCCUGUGAUGACAGCAGGAAAGCUGCAGAAAGAUCUGGAGGAGGCUCUGGUUUCCCACGGGAGCGGAGGCAGACCUGGGCCGAGGAGAGGCGGAUGAACUCGGAGACGUUCGGCAUCCCUCUGCGUGGGGGUCGGGGCCGUGGGGGCUACCGUGGGCGGGGCGGCAUAGGCUUCCGCGGGGGCAGGGGACGCUCGGCCAGCAGAGGGUCCUUCGGCCCCCCCCAAGGAGGCCACGGCUACAGGGGAGGAUACAACAGAACAAGCCAGGGAGGACGGGAGUUCUCAGAGAACUUUGAGUACAGGAAGGAUAACAAGGUGGCCGCGUAAAACAACUGGAGGACGGAUCAACAGAGUUGCAACACCUCAUGUUUAAAAAUAGUUUAGGUUGCUACUUUUGACUAAAGGAAUGAAGAUGUUCUAGCUGUAUAUUUGUCACCAGCACUGGGUUAGACUGCUUGAAUGCAACUUAUUUUCCAUAUCUUUUAACAAUGGAAAUGAUGCAAUAUGUCAAACACAAAUGUCAUGAUCUCUUCAAAACUAUUUCCAGGUGGCUUAAUUGUGUAUAAGUAUCAUAUUUCAGAGGGAUAAUCAGUAUUUUAUUUUUUAUUUUUUUUUGCAAUUAAUUUUUUUUCCUUUUUUCUCCUAAACUUGUAUUUGAUCAUAUUCUGUUAAGUGUAGAAGGCUGUGUACAUGAGCCUUCCAACUGAGGAGCACUGACAGAGGUUUAUUUGUUUGGAUAUAUCCUGUUAUAACUUCAGUGGAAAAAUAGUCAGUGGGGUCCGUCAGUUACUUCCGUGUAUACUACACAUACCAUACCUAGUCCGCUAGGCAUCUAUUUAUCCCACUUCUCUAAAUGGCAGAGCUUGUGGUUUUUUGCUAAAUAUUCUCAACUUUUUGUCAAUAUUCUGUUUUUCAUUUACUUCCAGCUCUUACUUUGGAUGUUUUUAUUAGGGCUUUAUCAGUCUUCUGUUAAUUCUGGUUUAAACCAAGAAGGAAUCAUCUGUAUUGUCUGUUACUCCCAUUCUACACUGUAGUGUAUGGAGGAUAGAGAUGGUGCUAGAUGUUAACACUUAGCUUUAUUCUUCUGGUUUUGUGAUAUAGUUUAACUCUGGAUGCGUAACUAGGAGUAGGGAAGGAUAGGUCAGUAAUGGCGCAUAAGUCAGAACUCAUUUUCUUUAUUUUAAAAUGUUCUGUAUAUUGCCCUGUACUCAAGGGCUCCUGGUAUUGUGUGACUAGAGUUGUAUAAUGCUGCUGUUUGCUCCAGUUCUUUUUCUAGCGUCAUCUACAAGAGCUAGCUAAAGCAGGCCAUCUAAGUAUGCUUCUUCCUGACAAAUGGCCCAGUUUAUCAUUGGUUACAUUUUUGUUUGUAACCUUUCUAUGGAACUUCCCAAAAUCUUGGUUAUUUACUUGUACCUCUUUUUUUUGCCAGGCAGUUGCUUCUGAAUUGGUUAAAACCUCAUCCUGAAUUCCCCAUUUCUUUCAAACAGGAAUGCCAGAAAUAAUUUCACCCACCAACAUUGCUUAGUACUUGAGAUGUCUGACAGAGAAACCAUGUCCUGACUAAGCUCUUGAUUCAAUGCCACUAACUCUGUCAUCGCACUGCAUGGUGGUUGAUAGCCUGCUGCAGCUACACAAGGGCAGAAGAAUUACUGAGUUGAGUACGUAGACUAUUAGAACGAGGUGCAUAGCCAUUUGGUUUUAGCGAAAUAGGCAUUAGUUACAUAGCAACAUUGAAGCUAAUUUUGGAGGAUUUGAAUGAUUGGGCACAAAUUGGGUAAAGGUUGGUUAAUGGGAAGUAAUGAACUUUGACUGAGUAUUAGAAAGGUACACACAGUUGCACUUUUACUAUUGAAGUCAUUUUAUAAACAGUUGUCUUUUUGUUAAUUUGUGUAUACUGAGGAUGUAUUCCAGUUCUGCUAACUGAAUGACAAUAUGUAUGAGUCCCACAUGUCACCCUAGUCCCUAUAUAGUGAACUACUUGGCUCUGGUCAAAAGUAGUGCACUUUAUAGGGAAUAGGGUGCUAUUGGGGACACUUACACUAAUGUUACCAUGGUAACUGCACAUUGCUAUUUGGUGAACUAGGCGCUCCUUCAUUUGAAAAUGUACUAGAAUUAUUCAGAAGUAUGUAAAUGUCAACAUUGCAAAAUUUGAACGUCUUGAUAAUUUCCAUUGAAGGAUAGUUAUUCCCUGGUAUUGAGGCACUGUAGUGGAAAGUGUUUUCUCUUCUGCCCCCAUUUAACUUUUGAAAGCUUCAGGUAACUUAAAAAGUACCAAACAUCUACGUACGACCCUCGUCUAAUUUAGUUAGGUUGUGUUUUAAGUCCAGCAUAGAAUGGUCUUUUCUCUUCCUAUUAUUUUGGCAAUGUUACUCAUGCAUGUCACCUGCUGUAAUUUGUUCAGAUACUCUGUCCAAAAACUAAUUUGGCACCUUAUCGAGGCAUGCAGAAAAGUCAAUGUGUUAAAUUGGAUGGGGGAUGCUCAAAUUCUCACAAGUGUCUUAGAGGCGUCUUGUCUAGGACGUAGGGUGGUAAUGUAGAAUGGCUGGUGGGAUACGAUGAAUCUCAACUGUAUUGCCUUGAUUUCUCUUUCCUUGCAUCUUUCUCAAAACACUUUAGGAGAAGAUCCUAUGCUUCAAUGUGCUUUGAAGACCGAGGGAGGACAUAAGGAAUCAAGGAAAUAGUUGAGAUGCACCUAUAGGAUCGUGUGCCUAGUUCAGGGGAAUGUCCUUUUGUCUCCAUUUCAUGUUGGGUUGUAACAAAACGAAUGCACGGAACACUGCAUGAGGGUCCUGCACAUCAGAAGCUGCAAAAUCAUGACCCAAAGCAACGAAGAUACAGUAACUUACUGAGAUGUCUGUGCUGUGGGUAGUUUGUUUGCACUUCAAGAUCUUUAAUAUACAGACUUAAAGGUUAUUGUUUAUUUGAGUUACUUUUCCUAACAGUCUCUGGUGUCACAGCCACGUGUUUUGUCUCUAAACCCAGCAUGAUGAUCUCUCCUGUGGGCCUCAGUGGACUGUUGUUUUUUUAUUCAGCGCAAACAAUAAAAGUUGUUCAUUACA